CAACUAAUCUUAUUUUUUCAAUUAAUUGUCUUGUACGUUUUUUCAGAGACUUUAUUUUGUUAUCUUGUAAUUUACUACUGAUUCUCACUUUUGUUCGCAUAAUUUGAAGGUCAAUUUCAUUAUUAUCUGAAGACUGAUGAAUUUCUUGAAGAAAGUUUGUAACACGAUCACCAAAAGUAGACGACAUUUCAACUGAGCUAUUACGCUCCCCAUAUACGAUUGUGCAUAUUGUUAAUAUUAGUGAUUAAAAAACUGCCAUCUAGUAAGGAAUAGUAAUAGUAAUUAACAGUACUUUGCAUACUGAAGUAGAUUCCUGUCUGCAUAAGGCCCUUCAAAUUUUUUUUGAAUUUUUGGAUUCGUUUUGAAAUUUUAUUUUACAACUUGAAACUUUUAUUUUGGAAAAUAUUUUGUUUUUAUUUUUGACGUCAUCAGGAUUCGAACAGUCAGCAAAUGAAUGCUCAUGUUGGGAGUGCGAUGCUUUAACUUCUGCGCUAUCGCGGUUUAGCGAUAAGCGUGCGUAUUUGUGUUAAAUAAAUGAAUACGUCUUUGCCUAUUCAUUUUAUUAAAACCGAUGAAAAAGAACAUUACAACAUUAAUAAAUUAGCGCCAAAAUGGCCAUUUAUAUUGAUAAUUAUAGGACGAAGUGGUUCUGGUAAAACAAAUACUGUUAUCAAUCUUUUAAAAUAUUUAUUUUUUGAUACUUUUUAUUUGUAUGCGAAAGAUUUAGAAGAACCUUAUUAUCAAUUAUUACAAAAUGUAUUUGAUGAUGAAACGAUUCAAAAUAUAAUUGAAUCGGAUUUUUCGUCAGAUAUAGAAGACAUAGUCAAUGUAGACGAAUUAGAUAGAGAUAAACAAAAUUUGAUUAUUGUUGAUGAUUUCGUAACGGAAAAAGAUCAAAAGAAACUGAUAGAUUUAGCUAUACGAGGAAGAAAAAUGAAUGCUUCGAUGAUCUAUAUAACGCAGGAUUGGUAUAGAGUACCAAAAUCAAUUCGUUUACAAUGUAAUUAUCUUUCAAUAUUUCCAUCAUGUGAUGGUAAUGAUAUAAGCUUGAUAUUUAGAGAAAAAGGAUUGGAUAAGAAAAUCAAGGAAUAUUAUGAAAAUAACAUUAAUAAUUUUGAUUGCUUAACUAUUGAUUUUAAAACUCCUGAAAUGAAAUAUAGAAAGAAUUUUACACCAAUAAAUGACUAGUGCUUCGCAUGCUGAAUAUAUUCUUAGAAAAAAUAGAAAAAAAGGGGGUAAGUCAACAAGAGGACCACCUGGUAUAGGAUUUAAUCUAACAGAAAACGGUGAUUAUGAUAUCGCAGGUCACAAAUUAGUUAAUGUAAAACAACCAGAAAAUCCUGGCGAUGCUGUUAAUUUACAAUAUUUAGAGUCAGUCGAGGCGAAGUGGACUAAUGCUAUGGAUAAAGUCAACGAUAAUAUGAUUAAAAAACAUGAUUCAGAAACUAUUAUAAAUUUGGUUAAACCUGCAUUGAAUAAUAUGAUUAAAAAAAAUGAUUCAGAAAGCGUUUUAAAAAUUGUUAAACCUGAACUGAAUAAUAUGAUUAAAAAAGAUGAUUCAGAAAGCGUUUUAAAAAUUGUUAAACCUGAACUCAGUAAUAUGAUCAAAAAAGAUGAUUCAGAAACUAUUAUAAAUUUGGUUAAACCUGAAUUGAAUAAUAUGAUCAAAAAAGAUUCGCUGAAUCUAACUACUACAAAACGAUAUAUUGAUAUUGAUAAGCAUGAUGUUGUCAAUAAAAAACAACUAGAUAUUUACGGAGAAAGGUUAAUUAACUUGGAAACUGAAUUCAUGAAAAAAAUUCAUUAUUCUUUUUUACAAUUUGUAGGAAAAAUUUGUUUUGUUAAAGAAGUUCAUGGACAAAAGGCUGUUACUUUGCUUGACUUUUCUUUUGAUGGUGAACUAUUUCUUAGAAUACCAAUGAAUGUGGAAGUUAUAAAAUUCUACUCAACGGCUAAUUUGAAAGAUUUGGAUAUUAGUACUAAUAAAGAAACAAUAGAUCUUUCAAAACCCUUUACUGUUAAAGAAUUUGAUCUUCUAUCUUUUAGAAUAAAAAAAGAAAAGGUAAACACAGAUGAAAAUCUCGGUGGUUAUAACCAUAAUAAACCUUAUCUAUUAAGAAUUCCAAUUUUUUUUUAUAUGCUAGUUAAGUUUUCUGUAUAAUUAUCAGUCUUUGACCUUCAUGCUCAUUAUGCGUUUACAAAAGUAAAUUUAAAUAAAAAUGGUAUCUCUACUGUUUGUUGUACAGUAAAUGGAUUAUUGUAAAAUAUGCAAAACAAAAACUAAAUCCACUGGAGAACCAGAAUUUAUUGUAAAAUAUAAACGCUGGAGAAGAAUAUCAACUUGCAAAAUUUGUCAAUCAGUAAAAAAUAAUAUUUCUAAAUCACCUAAAGAUAUUUUAAUUUUUGAAUUAUUUAAAUCCGCUAGGAAAAAAUACCCAACACGUCGCUUUCAACAUAGAGGUAUUGAUGAUACUUGGCAAAUAGAUAUUUAUGUUUUUUAUAGACCAAAAGGAAAAGCAGAAGAUCCAAGCUAUUCUUUAAGAACAAAGACAGAGUCGAAGACGAAGCCGAAUGAUUUUAAUAAAUUUAAAAAGAUCAAUAACGGUUUUAUCUAUAUUCUAGUCGCUGAAGACACCUUUUCUAAAUUUGUAUGGGUAGAACCUUUAAAAACUAAAUCAGGAUUAGAAGUAGCUAACGCGUUUUUAAAAAUCAUACAACAAGCGAUUAAAGAUAAACACAAUCCACCGAAAAAUUUACAUGCUGAUAGAGGAAAAGAGUUUUAUAAUAAAGAUAUGAGAAUCGUUUUAAAUAAGUACAAUAUCAAUCUUUAUAGUACUGGAACAAAAAAUAAAGCUUUCUUUGUUGAGAGGUUCAACCGUACUUUAGGAAAUAAAUUCAAGCCAAUAUUGUAUGACAGUUUUAAUUGGCUUUCGUUACUUCCAAAAAUUAUAAAAUCUUAUAACAAUUGUUAUCAUUCUACGAUUAAAAUGAAACCAAAAGAUGUUAAUAAAGAAAAUGAAAGGCAGUUAUUAGAAACCGUAUAUAUGAUUACAUUAACAAAUAAAAAACCAAAAUUUGAAGUUGGUGAUAGAAUUAGAUUGUCUAAUAUGGUUGAUAUUUUUCGUAACAAAUUAAAAACAAACUGGACUGAAGAAAUAUUCACAGUUGUAGAAAAACGCGUAUAUAAUGUUUGGAUUUAUUUUGUUUCUGAUCUUAACGGCGAAAAAAUUAAAGAGGGGAUAUACGAAGAAGAAAUGCAAUUAACAUUAUUAUAAGAAUUAUUGAAAUAAUACAAAUAAAAAUAAAUAUAAUUUUUUUCUUUUCUUUUUUUAAUUCCACAAUCUUUAAGUUUGCCUUGAUUAAUAAAUUCGCUGUGUUCAUGGACGUAUUCAUCGUCGUCUUCGACACUGGACUGGUCUUGCCAGUCAUUUAUUAACUAGAGAAAGAGUAUUUGCUAAUCGUCUUUUUGCUCGUUCUUUAUUGUUAUAUCUAAUAACAGGAUUUUUGUUCAGUAACGCGUUUAUUUUUUCUUCAUCAUAAAUAUUUACCUCUUUUAAUUCUUGUUCCAACACAUUAAUUUUAUUAUCUUUGUACUCAAUUUCCUCGUCCAUUUUUUCUAUUGUUUCAACCGCAGCAUUUCCUAAUUCUUUUAAAAUUCUGUUUUCCAUAUACAGCUGAUUAGAUGCUUUAACUUUAUUACCAACAGAUAAACUGUUAAACUCAAUACAGUCUUUUUUUAUUCUAUUUUGAAUAAUUUUUAUCUGAUUUUUAUCUGCAACAUCAAUUAGUGCCAUUAUUUAUUAGACAGGGAAUUCGCCGCUUACGGCUCAUGAGUUGACAGGGUCAAAGAAUUCAUAGUUUUAUCAAACAUUUUAUCAAAUUCUUCUUCGGGUUUUGUACUGCCAGCAGUAUGCUGAGAAUUAGCUUUGUAAUCUGAUUGAGAUGUGUUUGAUUUGUGUUUAGAUUUAAUUUGUUUCUGUUUUUUGUUAUAUUGUUCUAUGUUGUUUGAUUUUUUGUUAUGUUUAAUUAAUGUUUCACCAGUAAGAAAUUUUAUUUGAUUCCUAAUUGUGUUUUCACCAAUUUUAUUCUGUUUAGCAAACUCUUUUAAGGUAAUAUUGUUAGAAGUGGGGUCUCCUUUUUGUGCUAAAAAAUUUAAUGCUAAUUGUCUUGAUCGCAUAUUAUUUAAAUUCUUAACUGAUGGAAUACUAGACUCUGUUAACGUAUAAUCCUUUUUAAUUAUUAUAUUUAUCUUUUGUUUAGCUGACUGUUCCCUUUUCGUAUUAUGAGCCAUUUAUUAUGAAAUAAUAUCUUUCUAAUAAAUGGGGAAUAAAGAUUGUCAGAUUGAUCAUGAACAAACAUCUCCGAAUAAUGAGUCGUUAUUAAGAAAAUGUUCCAUUUGUCAAACCAUAAAAUCUCAUUCAAAUUUUGUUAAAAGUAAAAAUCAGAAAUAUGGAAUUGGAUACAUGUGUUAUGACUGUAAAAAAAAACAAAAUGAUAAAUUUACUUGCAAUAUAUGUUUUAUGGAUGUUCCGAUACGGUAUAAAAAAAGACAUUUCAAAAAAAUAUGGCAUGAAAAAUUAGAAAAAUAUAUUAACGAUUUAAAAGGAUAUUGAUCCAUAAAUGUUUUGAAUAAUUUUUUCUCUAAUAAAUGGAGCUCUCGAAAGAUGAGCUUCGUAAAAUGACACUUGAAGAAAUUAUAAAACUUACUAAAGGUGAUUUAAAAAAAGUGGGUGACAUAAUUGAACAAAUUAGUGAAGGCAAUUCGUCAUCGAAUUCAGAUAAGAGUUCAUCUUUGACACAUGAGUCGUCCUCGAUGGAUAAAUAUUUUUUAACACCACAAUCAAAUAAUGAGAUUGUGCUAAAUAAACUAAGUUUAAAAAAAAUAAAAGCCAUCGCAAAAAAGAUGGGGUUAAAAAACUAUUCGCAAUAUAACUCAAAGACUAAAUUAGAUCUUAUAAAAUUAAUUCUAAAAGAAGAGCUCAUCAAUGCAGGCGAUUGGUUUAAUAAAUUAAAUAGACUCAAUAUUAAAAAAUUAAAAUCAAUUGCUGAAAAACUAGGUCUAAAGAUAAAGCAAAAUAGUAAAAAGACAGAUCUAGUGAAUCAAAUUUCAGAUAAUGCCCUCAUGAGCGAAGCGAAUUUAAAUACUGUUCUUAAAGAAAUCGGGUCGCAAAGUUUAGAGGAAUUAUUAGAGGAAACCAUGUCUAAAAACGAGUCGACUCAGAAUACAUCAAUAAAAGAAUUAAGAAAAAUUGCCAAAGAAAAGAAUAUCACAGGUUACUCUAAAAUGAAGAAGGCAGAAUUAUUACAAAAAAUUAACGAUCAACCGUUCGCUUUCGAAGAUAGUUAUUUUACAGAACUUUCAAAAAAAUCUAAAAUCAAAAUAAUAGAAACAAAAGCUGAAUACACCAAAAAAUGGAAGAAACAUAAAGUUUACUAUAAAGUUAUAUUAUUGAAAGCCGAAGAGGAAGAUUCACCCAAGUCUGAUCUUUCAGACAUAAUAAUGAAAAAAAUAACUGUCAUUAGAGAGGGUUUAAAUGAAAUGAUUAAAAUAGUAAAAGAGAAAACAAAUUUCAAAGAAGGAGAUUUAAUGAAUAUAGUGGUUAAUCAUCCUGAUCUUUGGAAUCCUAUUUCCACAGGGUUAUCAAGAACUACUGAAAUUGAUAAUUUAUUAAACAAUAUUCAAAGUAUCUUAACUUCAAAUCAAGAUUUAGAUAUAUAUGGUUGCACAUUUCAUGCCGAAGUUGUUAAUAUGCCUAGAGGCGCAGGUAGUGGGGUAAAGAUGUUAAAUAUAGCUGAAGACUCAAGAACAAAGAAAAGUAUAACACGGAUAAAUAAUAAAGAUAGAUUAUGUUGUCCAAGAGCUGUUAUUGUUGGACUAACUUAUCAAACAAAUAUAAUACUCGGUAAAGAAUUUAACGACAAUGAUAUAACAUAUAUUAGAAAAGGAAGAAAUUUACAAACUACUUUAGCUCAAGAACUAUGUAAUCAGCUUAAAGAAUAUAAUGAAGAAUAUUUUACUUUACGUGAUAUUGCAAAUAUAGAAAAAGUAUUAAAUAUUCAAAUAAAAGUUAUAGCUGCCGAAUGUUUUAAUCAAGUAAUUUAUUCUGGAGAAGAGAAAGAUGUAAAAGUAUAUUUAUAUAAAAACGGAAAUCAUUUUGAUACAAUCAAUAAUAUGACAGCUUUCUAUAGUCAAUCUUAUUAUUGUGAAAAAUGUGAUAAACCGUAUCAACAUAAAGAUAAUCAUAAAUGCAAAAAAGGAGUUAAAAUAUGCAUAUUAUGCUUAAAACCUAAACAUGAAGAAGGCUCUAAACAAAGAAUAUAUUGUGAAAAAUGCAAUAGAUAUUGUUUUAAUCCAGAAUGUUUAGCAAAUCAUUCAGAAGUUUGUGAAAGAUUUCGUAAAUGCUUAAACUGUAAUAAAAUACUCAAAAGAGGUGAUAAAAUGCUUGAAGAAGGAAAUAACAAGAAAGGUAACAAAAUGGUAAAAGAGGGUAGAAAAAUGAAUGAUCACAGAUGUGGAUGGGAAAUAUGUCGAAAUUGUUAUAAAGAAGUUGAAAUAUUAGAACAUAAAUGUUACAUGCAAUGGAUACGACAAAAAGGCGGAAUAUGUGAGACAAUAAUGAAAGACGGUGAUAAUAAAUAUAAAGUAAAAGGUUGUCAAAAUUGUGAUAGAAAAGGUUGUACAGUAACUUUUCCUGAUGAAACAAACAAACAAUCAAACAAAGGAAAAGAAACAUUAUCACUUAAAGACUUGGAAAAGGGUUCUGGAUAUACCAUAACAGAUUUGCAACUUUUUACUAAAGACGGUAAAGAAAAAGCUGUAGUUAUAUUGAAUAAUGAAUUUAAGUUGUUUUUACCAGAUAGAUUGGCUAAAAGGGGUGAUGAACUAAUAGGCUAUAUGUUAGAAUAUGAUUUAGUUAUGACUUAUAAUGGUUUGAUAGAUGUGAAAAAUAAUGCAGGAUUUACAUAUAAAAUUCAUGAUAUUACAUUUAAAAAAAUGGACAAACGUCCUGAUAAAACAAACAAAUAUCCUGAUGAAACAAACAAACAUCCUGAUGAAACAAACAAACAUCCUGAUAAAACAACCGAAAGAAUAAAAUAUCACAUUUAUCAAUGUAAAGAUUGUAAAAAUUGUGCUAAAAAACCGUUGGAUGAUGAAGAACCGUUUAAAUGCGUUAAAUGCGGUUCUAAAUACCAUACAACUAAAUGUUCUUAUACAGAAAAAUAUUUAUUCUUUGAUUAUGAAGCAAUGCAAGAAACAGGCAAACAUAUCGCUAAUUUAGCUAUAUCCCACGAUUUUAGCGGAAAUGUUAAUUCUUUCGAAACCAACGAAGAUUUUUGCAAAUGGUUAAUUUCUAGAGAUCAUAAAGGAUAUACAGCUAUCGCACAUUAUUCUAAAGGUUAUGAUUCUUACUUUAUUUUAAAACAUUGCGUUGAAAACGGUAUUAAACCUUUCUGCGUAUAUAACGGAUCUAAAAUAAUGUUAAUGGAAAUAAAAUCAAUUAAUUUAAGAAUUAUUGGUAGUAGUAAUUUUGUUCAAGGACCUUUAAAAAAUUUCCCUAAAACAUUCGGUCUAAAAGAACUUAAAAAAGGAUAUUUUCCACAUUUCUUCAAUACAACGGAAAAUCAGAACUAUAUUGGAAAAAUACCUGAUACAAAAUACUAUGGUGUUAAUUCUAUGAAACCAAAAGAAAGGGAAGAGUUUUUAGAAUGGCAUAAACAAAAAAGAAAAGAAAAUUAUUUGUUUGAUUUUAAAAAAGAACUUUAUGAUUAUUGUAAUUCUGAUGUUGAUAUAUUAAGAAGAGGAUGUCUUGAAUUAAGAAAGCAGUUUCUAGAAAUUGCUAAUAUAGACCCUUUUAGAUAUAUUACUAUUGCUGGUGUUUGUAUGGAUAUAUAUAGAUCAAAAUAUAUUAAGAAAUAUACAAUAGCUGUUGUUGAUAAUCUGAAAAAAGAUCAAUAUUCUCAACAAUCAAUUUCAUGGUUAAAUAGUUAUCAUAAUCCAAAUAUACAACACGCAUUAAACAUUGGUGAAGCGAAAAUAUGUGGAUCAAAAGUUGAUGGCUUUGAUGAAAAAACCAAUACAGUCUAUCAAUAUCAUGGUUGUUUUUGGCAUGGCUGUAUAAAAUGUUAUAGUUCAGAUUUUAUUAAUAAUAAGAACAAAACAGUUAUGGAAGAUCUUUAUGAGAAAACAAUAGAAAGAAGUAAGCGAAUAAAAAAGGCUGGUUAUAACUUAAUAGAAAUGUGGGGAUGUGAGUGGACAAAGUCAAAAGAAUAUAAGAAAGAAAUGAAACAAAUUGAAGAAGAAAUUAAAAAAUGGGAAGAUCUUAAUCCUAGAAACGCAUUCUUUGGUGGAAGAACAAACGCAACAAAAUUGAGAGUAAAAGGAAAGAAAUUGAAAUAUAUUGAUGUUUGCAGUUUAUAUCCAACAGUACAAUAUUUUGAUGAUUAUCCAGUCGGACAUCCUACUAAAAUAUUCAAACCUCGUACGUAUGAUCCUGAAUGGUAUGGAUUAAUAAAAUGUGCAAUUUUACCACCAAAAGGUUUGUAUCACCCCGUUUUACCUGUUAAAAAUAAAAACAAAUCUGGUGAUGAAAAGCUAACAUUUCCAUUAUGUCAAUUGUGUGCAAAAUUAAAUAAUCAAAAAGAUAAAUGUUCUCAUACAGAAUCUCAAAGAAUUAUCAGAGGAACCUGGUGUACCAACGAAGUAAAAAAAGCAAUUGAAAAGGGGUACAAAAUAAUAACUAUUGAUGAGGUUUGGCAUUUUUACGGAAAAUCAUCAAAUUUAUUUAAAGAAUAUGUGAAAGCGUUUAUGAAAAUUAAAUUAGAAACAAGCCCUUGGCAGGAUGAUUUUGAAUCAGAAGAAGAAUAUAGAAAAGCUGUAAAAGAAAAUCUAGGUAUUGAAUUGGGUAAAAUAGAAAAUAAUCCUGGAAAGAGAGCUGUUGCGAAAAUAUGCUUAAAUUCCUUAUGGGGUAAAUUUGGGCAAAGACAAAAUAUGGGUGCAACAGAAUAUGUUACAGAUGUUAAAAGAUUUUAUGAAAUUUUAUUAGAUGACAGACUUGAUAAUAUACAUAUAAACGAUAUAAAUGAAAAUAUGUUACAAAUUGAUUAUAAGUUAAAAGAUUGUUAUGUUGAAAAUAAUUUCAAUACCAAUAUAUUUAUAGCUGCUUUUACAACUGCAAACGCAAGACUAAGAUUGUACGAAAUGUUAGAUAAAUUGGGAGAUGCAGUUGUAUAUUAUGAUACUGAUAGCGUUGUAUAUAUAGACGAUGGUAAAAAUACUAUCAAAACAGACUGUUUAUUGGGAGAAUGGACAGACGAAUUAGGUAAAGACGUAUGGAUAAUAGAUUGGAUAUCAACAGGUCCUAAAAGUUAUUGUUAUAAAACAAACACAGGUAAAGUUGUUUGUAAAAUAAAAGGAUUUACGCUAAAUUAUGAAACGUCCAAAAAGAUUAAUUCCGAAAGUAUAAAUAAUAUUUUAGAAAAGAAAGACAGUAAAAUCAGUACGCAAUAUAAUCGAAUUACCAGAGAUACUAAAACUAAGGAACUCUUAAAUAAAAUCGAAACAAAAGAAUUUGGUUUUGUUUAUGAUAAGAGGGUUGUUUUAGAAAACUAUGAUACAAUACCGUUUGGAUAUUAGCGUCAGCUGGAGCUGACUCAAGUCUGCGACUAAUUAGAAAAAAAAGACAAUCCGUGGACGUAGUCCACUCAUGAGCAGAACGAAUUCUUAUAAUAGCGUUUUUUUUAUCCGUCAAGAACAAGUGGUAAACUUUUCCACGAUUAUAAGAGAUAUAUACACCGAAUUUUCAUUAUUUUUUUCUAAUUCACACAACUGAUUGAGAUAACUCUUUAUCUAUUUUUGAUAUAAGUAGUUAUAUAAUUAUCCUAUAGAGUAAAAUCUUUGAAAAAUGUUAAUUCCGGCGAAGCCCUCAUGAGCGAAGCGAUUUUAAAAUAUGUCUUGAAAAUCGGGGGUGUUUUCACGAUUUUUGUGCUUUUCUGAUUACCCUUGAAAAUCGGGGCGUGUUUUCUAUUUAUCCUUGAAAAUCAGGGUGUUUUUGUACUUUUUUUAGAUUACCUUGAAAAUCGGGUUAUUUGCUUGAUAUUUUUUAUUUUUUUAGCUACCUGGAAAAUCGGGGUGUUUUAACGUUUUUUUUUUGCUUUUCUGUUUGCCCUUGAAAAUCAGGGCGUUUUCCUUAAAAAAAUGGCUGUGUGCUAUGGGGCCUUAUUAGUUUUUUAGAUUACCUUGAAAACCGGUGGUGUUUUAACGUUUUUUUUUUUUUGCUUUUUACCCUUGAAAAUCAGGGUGUUUUUACAUUUUUUUUGGUGUGUCUUUUAUUUUUGACUCGAAGAAGGAGAGAACCACUUGACAAUGACGCUGUACAAACUUGGAUGACGGAAAUAAAACAUCACUACGAACAGGAGUGCAUGACCACCCUCCAGGCCAAGUCCAUAGCCGGGGAACUGCACCAGAAGGUGGCCACCAUGGCCACUUUCACCAUUUCGAGCAUUAGGACGGUUUUAACGCACUCGGAGUGCAUCCAACGCGAAUAUAAAAGCCUCAACAGUGAGAAGAAACACGUGGGGCCUUUAGCCCAAAGCCUUGCCGGUAACAUCAUCGAUUUCAUCAAAACCUACUCAGAGGUGACCCCCAAACUGUUAAAACAGUACGACUCAGUCAGGAAAACGAACGAAGAUUUCUUAACACUCGUGUCCCAACUGUUCGCCCAAUGGGAGAGCGUGUGUCACACUGUCUUGGUCAAAGAAAUCAAACGACUGGUCGAUAAAUUGGAAAAUCCAUGUUCGGAGCUCGAUUUACGUGCCACAAUCACUGGGAUCACCUCCUUGUGCUUGCGAAACGAUCAUUUGAUUGAGAUUUUCACCAAAAAUGACGUAAUCCCAAUACUGUUGAUUCUGUGCGAGAAAUGCGAAGGUUCCUCCAUGAGGAGUCUCCUCCUGCGUGCACUUUCAACAAUGUGUUCCACCGCUUUCGCGGUCCGGCAAUUUGAGCGUUUUUCCGGGAUUCAAAUCGUCAGUGACACUCUUGGAGAGGAGCCUUUUCGGCCUGAACCUGAACGUUCCGAAGCCGUGGCGCUUCUGGCCCAAGUGACAGCGCCAUGGAUUGAAGACAACCACUGCAUUAAAGGCCUGCCUGACUAUUCGAGAAAACUGGUCAAGUCUUUGACUAGAUUCCUCUCGACCACGAAAUGUUGCCAAAACCUGCUCUUGUGCACUGCAGCUCUUGCCAACUUGUCCACGAUGGACAACAAAAGCAUCAAACACAUCUUACACUUGAAUACUAUUGAGCUACUCUUGGAGGCGGUGAAUAGACGAGGGCCUUGUGCUUCCGUCUAUCUCCUAGAGCAAGUGGCGACUUUGUUAGCCAACAUGACUUCACUCCAACCGGCGAGAUUACAACUGGUGAAGUUGAAGACAAUUCCAGCCUUGUUGUGUUGUUUGAGAAGUGGAAGUGUUGGCGAGGAAGUUGAGAAAAGAUUGCAACAGAAAGCUAUCAUAGCUUUGUCGAGGCUUUGUGGCGAGAAAGAGGCAGCUGCUCAAGUUGUGCAACUUGGAGGUGUUGAAAAACUAGUCAAAAUGUGUAGGGAGAAGAAUGAGAGGUUUAGUAACGAUGCGGUUCUUGUCGCAACUUUGGCUACUUUGAGGAAAAUAGCGGAUGCUUGCGGGAGGGAAGUGAUCAGUGUUGAGGAUGUCCAAGAGUUGGUUGAGCCGAAAUUGCUGGACUCGUUUCUGGCGUAUUCGAGUCAGAACGAGAGUUACGUGUAAAAACUGCCAUUAUAUACCUACCUAGAGUGUUCACUAUUCGGAGUAUUUAUUAUUUGUUACUUUAUUUAUUAUUUUAUGUACAAACAAAACGGAAUUAAAUGUGUAUUUUGAU